AUGGUUUCAGCACAACUACACCAUUCUGUUCAACUAUUAAAGGCUGGUAAUGCGGUUCAAGAAUGCACCACAGACUCGGAGGAGCUCAUGUAUCAUCAGGUGCGCGCUUCAUCUUCCUGCAGCGCCCCACCCGAUUUGCUCAUGGUGAGCGAUCGCGAAAACAACAUACCGUUACGUUCGCCUGUAGUCAAUAUAAUUACCACAACAACACCAACUGCAACGGGGCAUCAUAGUAGCGGCGCUGUUGGUAGCAGCAGUGUGCAAAAACACCAUCAACAGCAGCAACAUGCUGCGGGGCAACAACAACAACAGCAAGCACACAAAGAGCAUCACCAACAUCAACAUUAUUCAAAGGAGGGUAGCAGUAAACAACAUCUGAAGUUGAGUGGCAAAAGUGCUGCAAGUAAAUUUGUUUCUGCACAGCAACAGUUGGCCGUUACGAAUCAACAGCAGCAGCAUCAGCAACAACAGGAUGAGAUUGAUGGCCAACAGCAGACAUCGCAUCAACGCCACUCCUCACAUCAACAUGGCAAGGAGGAGCGAAUACGCUUAGAGGAGUUCACUUGCGACGUUUCCGUCGAGGGUGGCAAAUCCACACAGCCAUUGCAGUUCUCAUUCACCUUCUACGACCUCGACGGUCAUCACGGGAAAAUCACAAAGGAUGACAUUGUCGGCAUCGUCUAUACGAUAUAUGAGUCAAUCGGCAAGUCUGUGGUAGUGCCGCACUGUGGCAGCAAAACAAUCAACGUUCGUUUAACUGUCAGUCCAGAGGGCAAAUCAAAAUCAGCCACAGCCGCAGCCGCCGCCGCUGCAGUUGUUGGUGGAGGAGGUGGUGGCAAGUUGAAAAAAAUGGCCAACGGUGCUGGCACUGGGACUGGGGUAGGCAUAUUGGAGACAGCCACAAAGGCAAACGCCGGUCACGGACAUGGUCAUACACGUCGCCAGCAUCGCUAUCGGCCGCGCAAACUAAUUAAAUCUGAUGACGAGGACGACGACAGUAACAGUGACAAAGAAAAGGAAACGGCGGCGACAAGCAGUGCUUUGGCUGCCAAUAACUUGGGAACGACGCCAGCCAUGGCGGCAGUAGCGGGUGUAGGCGGCAAAUCCAAAAGUCAUUCCAGCGCUAGCAAGUACAAUAAAGUAAAAUCCUCAGCAGCAGCAACGGUCGCGGUGGCGGAGCAGCACCAAUUGUGGUAUCAACAGCAGCAGGAAGCAGCCAAUGCGACGGAACAACAACAUCAACAGCAACAAACGCCAACAAACCUUGAUGCAUCUGCUGCCGCCAACUGCCCACACGAAAAUCUCUAUGAGAAUAUGACUGCAACGAAUCUCAAAUGUUGUACUAAGGAUGCGCUGCUGAAAAUGGAAGACUGUCGCGGCUGUGAGACGGGUGUGACGAGUGCACCGAUUACGACUGGUUAUGGGCGCUCACCAACGGAUGUGUACAUGCGCCAGGCGUCUACGCGUGUUAAAAUGCUGCGCAAGGCGCGAAAACAAAAGUUUCAGGACCAUUGCCACGAGACACGCCAACGCAGCCUGUCGGUGGGCAGCGAAGCUUGCUGGCAUAAUCGACAUUCACAACAACAACAACAACAGCAGCAACAAGGAAAACUGGAACAACUGCAACCGCCGCAGCAGCAGCAGCAAUUAGGUGACGUUGUCGACGGCGUUCAACUACGUAACCCGCACAAGAAUACCGCUGCCUCCUCAAAUGUUUUGGCGCAAAGGCAACGCAAUUCCGCUGAAUGUUGGAAGACCGCACUGAAUCGCAACGACUUGAUGAGCAUAAUACGGGAAAGCAUGGAGAAGAACCGUUUGUGUUUUCAGAUGAGCGGAAAACCUCAAGCAAAUGUGAGUCCCAUAAGGCAACCACAACAUCAACAUCAACAGCUUCACAGUCAGCAGCCGCAGCAACAGCAACAGCAGCAGCAGCAGCAACAACACCAGAACCAGCAACGUCAGCGCUCAAAUACAGUGUCGAAAAUACCGACCUUAAUUACGAACCACAGCAAUGCCAUUAUCAACCACAGCAGCAGUUGCAUUAUGCCCAACAACAGCAAUAACAACAACAAUCAUCACAGCCCAAGCCACAACAACAGCAACAGCAGCAGCCACAGUCACAGCAGCAAUCACACGAACAACAACAGCAGCGAAAUAAAUUUGCACGACAUCAGCACUACAAACAACAGCAACAACACCAUUCAAUAUCACCCUCAGCCACAUAUACCCAUCUACCACCAACAAAUGGCCAUUAAUCCCGCUGUACUAGCUGCCCAAAGUGGCAUGCAACAUGGCCACCACAACAAAAUGAAUUUGUGCGGCUACGAUUCCUUUUUACAUGCAACCAUUUGCGGUGGCGGUACAAGUCACUCUCCACCACCGGGUAGCACUGGCCCAACGGCUGUAGCCACACUUGUGCCACAAAUUGUCAGUCUUAAUCAGCCCACGCAACACAGUAGCAGCAACAAUGCAAACCAGCAACAACUAAUCGCAACGGUACAACCCAUAAUGACAGCAGUUCCUAGCAGCAACAGCACGCCCGCAAAGGUUUUCCUCAACUCCACCACGCAUCAGAUCAAAACGAGCAAAAUACUUCGCAGCGGCUCAUAUUCACAACAACAAGCGCAUCAAAGCAUCACCGCACACAAUUCACCACAAUACCACGGCUAUCAGCGGCUUUCCUCAUCUAAUACACAUCACAGUGGCGGCCACCACCACCAUCAUCAAAGCCAACAGCAACUACAGCAGCAAUGCGCGAAUAAACUGGCCAUCUUAAAUCUCUCCAGUGUACAAUUGGAACGCUCGCCCGCCGUUGAUCACAUCGAAAAAUGGAUGAAGAACAAUACCGCCAAGCAUCAGCGCAAGGACGGGGCCGCGAAAUAUGCGGAUAACUCGCUUUAUGCCAAGUUGAGCGAGAAGCUGCAAGAGAGCGCCUUGAAUACUCAACAACACAAUCAUCGCGAAAAUAUGCAGCGCCGCAAACACAAAACAGCGCAUAAAGUGCGCUCGGCGCCGCUUGUGCAAAAAUUGGCAACAGCGCAGCAGCAGCAGCAACUAAAGAAUACGUACGCCGCAAAUGGCAUACAUUCAAGUAGUUCUAAUACGAGCAUUGGAAACUAUACAGCACUCAUACCAAUACACGGCGAUCCGACGGAGUGUGAGAAUCUCAUUGCGCCGACCACAACCGAUGAUGAGGCGGUGAAUGAAGCGCCAACUGCGGAGGUGUUUUUAGCGCGCAAAUCCGAAUCUGCAGUGAAAGUGACGAAUACAGCGAAUCCAGUAAUGAAUGGCGCUGCCGAAGCGAAUAAAGAAAACAACGUAACGACCGCCAAACUAGUGGAUUUAAGCGAUGACACAGAGUUGGCGGGCAUUGAAGCCCAUGAGCAGGAGGUGACAAUACGUGUAAGCGAUACAGCUGAAGCGAACGAGGUGGACGAAGAGGAGCGCGAGGAAGAUGAAGAGGAGGAGGAGGUAGAGACGGAAGGGAGCGGUGGCGGUAAUGCGAGUGCGGCCAACACGAGUAGUGGCGCUUCGUCACUGAUACACCGUUACGUGCACGAGCACAUCCAUCAUCACUACCAUCACUUUGAGGAAAAAGACGAAUAGAAAACAAAUAAUACUAGAAAAAAAUAAAAUUGUAAGAAUAUAGGGUACUAUUAUGAGAUUAGGUUCAGUAAAAGGACUAGUGGUAGACUAAAAUUGUACGAGUAUAGGGACUUUAUUACAAGUAUUUAAAGAAAAAAACAAAAAUAAUAUUCAACAGAAUUUAAGUGUUGCUUAGCUGUAGUGAUAUGCAAUUAAGUUUAUUUAGCGAAUUACUCCCAGCUGUUUUGCAAGCCUUGCUGUGUUUUACAAAGCUUGAAUGCCUAAAAGUAUGCUACAAAUGUUAUGCUUAUGCAGUUAAUAAAACAAAAUAGUGAAAAUUCAAAGAGAAAAGCGGCCAGGGAGCGCCAACUUAAGAAUGAUUUUAAUAAAUUCCAAAUGUUCCAAAAAAGUAAAAGUGGUAAUAUAAUAAAAAUGAAAAUAUAGAAUUUCGGUGGAAAAUUUUCAGGUAGCGAAAAUACCUACUAUGUAUGUAUGCAAGGGAAUAAAAUAUCAGAAAGCAGAAGGUUAUAAUUUUUAGUAUCAAACAAAUUUCAUUUUCCAUACUCCGGUAUUGUUAUCCGAACAUGAAAGGCCUACAUAUCCGCGCAAGCAUAUCAAAUUGCCGCACUAAUUAAAUGCACACAAACUUACAGGCGAGAAUAGCAGAAUUCGUAAUGAAUUAUAAUAUUUUCAAAAUCACUUAAUUUUUGUUGUUAUAGAAAGAAUAAAAUAAUAUGAAAAUUUGCAAAAGGAAACAUUACAUAGUAUACGCACUUUGAAUCUAGAAAAUACGGUUUUUAAAAAUAAAAUAAAAAAGCACUAAUUGGCAAAACUGAUGAGCUCCAAUGCGGGCCGCUAACAUUUUAUUUUUUGACGUUUUUGUUUUUUUUUGAAUUUUAUUUUCUAAGCUUAAUUUUCGGAUGUUUACUUCGAUUUAAAAAUAAUAAUAUUACAUUGACGCUUUGAUGAGCGCUGUUUGGUUUUUUUAUCUCUGGGCCUCUUCUUUCGCCAAGCAUUAGCCAGUGGCGAUUAGAGGAAGCAACUGGUAUGAAUGAACAUAUCUUGGUAACACUGGAACAUAGCUGCCUAAAAUUACAUUUGUUUGUAAGGCAGUGAGUUAUAUCAAUUUAAUGAGAGGUAAUCAUACUCGCUAGCGGCGAAUCUUGCUCAAUAACUUUUUUGUUGCUGUCACAUACCAAUUUUUUGUCAAGUGAGCCGAGCAGAGAAAUAGCGAGCAGAGAAGUGGCGAAUAGAAGACACCUUUUUCACUUUUUUAAACUUAUUUUUUAAACUUAAUUUCUCGAAUCUAUGUUUCGACUUUUUGAAAAAAAUUAAAUUAACUACCAAUAGUCGGUAGCUUCUGCACGGGGAGCUUUUAAAUUUAAUCUAAAAAUAAAAA